AACGUGAAACAGUAAAACUGACCAUGUUUUUUUAAUAAAUAAAAUUUUUAUUUAAAUUAAAUCGCGCCUCCAAAAAUGUGUCGUCAAUUUCCAAGUAAACAUGCAAAAUUUUAUUCAGUCUUCUUAAUUUAAAAAAUUUAUUAAAUUUAUUAUCAAAACAAAAAGUUGUAUAGUUAUCGAAAUUUAAAAAUACAAAAAUAUAAGUGCGACAGACUUUUAAAUUUUUUGACCAUCAGAUAACUAAUAAAUUUUUUUACAUCGACAGAAAUUUAUGGCUAGCAUAAAAUAAUUUAACUAAUUUAUGCACUUAUGCCACUAGUGAAUAUUAGUGAGUGAAAGACGAUGAACGACGCCUUUAAAAUAGCAUAUGAACGUGACAAGUGUUCUCUACUGGUGUUAUCGGAGAUUAAAUUUUUUGUGGUUAAGAUAACGAGCUCGCAAUUUAAGUGUUUCGACAAAUAAUAUAUGUGAUAAGUGACUCCAGUAUGAAUUUGUGAAGUAAGAAAAUAUUUAUUUUCCUCCAGUUUUAAAUUUAAUAUUUAAUCACGUGUAAUUCUUACUGUCAUAUUUAAAAAACGAAGUCGUUGUUAAGUAAAAGGGUCAUAAAAUUUUUCUAAUCGUCAGGAAAAUGAGUCUCAGCUUAACAAAAUUUUUUUCCAAGAAAAAAACAACAACUGACAACAGUGUCGCUGAAAUCGGUUUGCCAACGAACGUUUUUCAUAAAUUUCACGUCAUAAAAAAUGCGGAAGGUCAACUUGAAGGAUUACCCGAUCCUUGGAUCCGGUUAAUGAAUACUCAGAUUUCAAAAUCAGAACAGGAUUCACAUCCAGCUGCAGCUCUGCAGGCCAUUAAAUUCUACAAUUAUUCAAUUAAAAAAAAACCUACAGAAGAAGUUUUCAAGCCAUUCGUUACUGCAGAUUUUAUCGAAGAAGAAUCCCAGGAAAUAGAUAAAAUUUUAACGAACAAAUACCAAACUGGUGAUUUUGAAAGUUCUAAUUCUGGGAGUUCUACUGACAGUCAAGAUCACACAAUACCAGAGUUACCAAAAAAACUUAGCAAGCCUCCAAAACCACUUCCUAGAAAAUGUAACGACCGCGUUGACAAAACGUUGACGGAAAUAUUGGAAGAUCUCAAUGCGUAUCAAUUAGAUUUACCAGAAGACAAAGAAACAAUUGAAGAAGAAAGUCCUGUUCUUCGUCAAAAAUCCGAGUGUUCACUGGAACGAAUGACAGAUGAAGAAGUGUAUGAAGAGUUAAGAAAUAUAUGCCAGAGUGAUGACCCUAACAAACGUUUUGAAAAAACCAAAGAAGUUGGAGCUGGUGCAUCAGGAACUGUAUUUAUAGCUACUGAUUUAAUUUACAAUCAAAAAGUUGCAAUAAAAGAUAUUGAUUUGUCUAAACAGCCAAAGAAAGAACUUAUUUUAACAGAAAUAAAAGUUCUCAAAGAAUUCCGCCAUCCAAAUCUUGUUAAUUUCUUGGACGCUUAUUUAUUGGAUGAACAUUUAUGGGUAAUAAUGGAAUUGCUCCAGGGAGGGCCGCUUACUGACGUUGUUACCGAGACUGUAAUGAAGGAAGUCCAGAUUGCCGCGGUCUGUCGCGAAGUUUUGAAAGCCAUAAGUUUCCUUCAUUCCAAGGGCAUAAUUCAUCGAGACAUUAAAUCUGAUAACGUUCUUCUUGGAAUGAACGGCGCGGUCAAAGUCACUGAUUUCGGCUUCUGCGCGAAUAUUGACGGGGAUGAAAAACGACAGACGAUGGUAGGAACGCCCUACUGGAUGGCUCCAGAAGUUGUGACCAGAAAACAGUAUGGUAAGAAAGUCGACAUUUGGUCUUUGGGCAUCAUGGCUAUCGAAAUGAUCGAAGGCGAACCGCCUUAUCUAAAAGAUACGCCUUUGAGAGCAUUGUAUCUGAUCGCUGCCAUCGGGAAACCUUCGAUUCCUCGGUGGGACAGCCUCAGUCCGACAUUUCAAAAUUUCUUAGAAAAGUGCCUUACAGUUGAAGUGGAUGAACGUGCGACAGCUGAUGAACUACUGGCUCAUCCUUUCCUGGAAAAUUGCGCCGAACUUUCGUCACUUACACCACUCAUUCGAGCAGCUCAGAGAAUUCUCCGCAAAGCAUUUUGAUGUAUAAUCAAUUAUUUAAAAACAGUUAUUUUAAAUUUUACAAUCAAGACGUGAUUAAUAUGUGUGAUAAAUUUAACCACAAUUGGUAGGAAUUCAUUUUAUAUCAUACUCAUCGUACUUGUGCAGAAAUUAUAGGCGUUUUAAGUUAACUAGUAAUUCAAGUGCGAUGGAUAACAAAAAUAUAAGAAACGAAGAGAAUUAAUUUCAAUAUGUCGAAGGUCUUUAAAGUCAGAAGGGCGCAAAAAAUGAGUCCUUUUGAAAUGGAUCUGAAGAUCGGAACGUUUUUCGCGGAAUGAAAAUGAAAAAAUGAAAUGAAAAGUAAAAAAUCUACUGGAUCUACAUUUCCGAAAUGCUUCGUACGUCAGCCGAAAAUUGCAGCCCCUUUGAGCAGUCAAUUUACUUAAAAAAUUUACAUUUUCGUUGCGCGAAAAACGUUCCGAUUUUCAGACAUCUUUUGAGAUCAAUAACGCGAUGUAAGAAAGACAGAUUCUGUCUGUUAAAAUGAUUUUUCAGUUGAAAAAUAUGUAUGAACUUUUUAAAUCUAAGAUUAGCGUAUAAUUGUAAAAAUAAAAUUUUUCAUGUGAAAGUCGAAAAAGUGUUCUUCGCUAAAAAUGUAUUAAAUAAGAGUAUUAAAUGAAAGAAAGAUUGAAUGAACUAAUGUAUUUAACAUUUUAUAAAUAUUUUUGAUUGCUAAUUGAAAGUGAAAUGAAAAUACUAUAGUUUUUAUAAAAAUUUACUAACAAUUUUUAUAUUAAUAAUAUGAAAUUUAAUAAAAUCACUUAAAACAAUUAUAA